CCUCUUCUCUCCACAGCGACACAGGCUUCGCAGCUUCCUCUCCCCAAUCGAGCGAAACCCCAGCCACCGCCUCCGCCCACCCCGAACCCGAGCGGAAUCGAUGGCUCCCAAGGCGGAGAAGAAGCCGGCGGCGAAGAAGCCCGCGGAGGAGGAGCCCGCGGCCGAGAAGGCGGAGAAGGCCCCGGCGGGGAAGAAGCCCAAAGCGGAGAAGCGGCUCCCGGCGGGCAAGUCCGCCGGCAAGGAGGGCGGCGACAAGAAAGGGAAGAAGAAGGCGAAGAAGAGCGUGGAGACAUACAAGAUCUACAUCUUCAAGGUGCUGAAGCAGGUGCACCCGGACAUCGGGAUCUCCUCCAAGGCCAUGUCCAUCAUGAACUCCUUCAUCAACGACAUCUUCGAGAAGCUCGCCGCGGAGGCCGCCAAGCUCGCGCGCUACAACAAGAAGCCCACCAUCACCUCUCGCGAGAUCCAGACCUCGGUCCGCCUCGUCCUCCCAGGGGAGCUCGCCAAGCACGCCGUCUCCGAGGGCACCAAGGCCGUCACAAAAUUCACCUCGGCCUAGGCGCUAGGCUUCGCUCUGUUCCCUUAUGGUAGUGGUCGUAGUUUGGUGAUUUGGAUGGUAUGGAUGGUGUAGUUAGGUGUCACUGUGUCGCCCUUGUAAGAAUUAUCCUGGUGGUUUUGGAAGACAACUGUUAUCUGAAUCUGCUAAUAGUUAUCGCGCUUCUUUAAUCUGCA